AUGUCACCACAAAAUCGUAAAUCCGUGAUAGUGUUAAGUUAUGCGGCAAUGUGGAAACUUUACUGUGUUGUAGUCAAAAAUAAUAAUUUUCUUUUAGUUUCUUCAAAAAAACAUAAUUUAACAGUUUGCUUUGAAGUUAAAUUCGAGAUCGUUUAUUCUAGAGUAAUAUUACAGGG